AAUAAAAGUAUAUCUUCUAUCGCACAUUUAGCGAUGAAAUAUUUUUCUUCAUCCAUGAUUCGCCGAAAGAGAUUGUAUUUUACUUUACUAUUGAUGUUAUAUCCUUUCAUGUGUUUUUACUUCUGGUCAUCGGAAAAGGGCAUUUCAGUACAGGAGUUAGAGUCCAUUACAAAACAGACAAACCAACAGACAGUAUCACAAGUGUUAAAGAGAAAGGCAUACUUCCAUGUUAGCAGGGACGAAGGUCCAGGACACAAUGGCACAGGGGUCACAAUCAAAGAGAGUGACCUUUCAGGAGAUGACCUUCGCCAGUAUAAAAGAGGGUACGAACUGUACUUGUACAAUUCUUUCGUCAGUGAUUUCAUCUCUUUGCACCGGAAUUUCCCACCAGAUAUUCCAGAAGAAGGGUGUUAUGAUAUUGAAUAUGACGCCAAUUUACCGGAAGUAAGCGUCAUAAUUCCAUUCCGAAAUGAGGGUUUUACUACAUUACUAAGAACAGUGCACAGUGUUUUAGACAAAUCUAAUUCUGAUUUUCUCAGGGAAAUUAUUCUGGUGGACGAUGGAUCGAACCUGGAUGAUUUGAAAUCUAAACUUUCUCGGUACGUUUCAUACCUCCCAAAAGUGAUUCUUAUUCGAUUACCUGAAAGUAAGGGGCUUAUGACGUCACGACAAACUGGCAUAAACCAUGCAAAGUCUGACGUCAUCAUCGUCAUGGACUCUCAUUUAGAAGUAGCACCAGGCUGGUUGGAGCCCUUACUACAGAGAAUAAAAGAUGACCCUAAAGUCAUGGUCUUCCCGAAAAUGGGCUCAAUCAACGGUGACACUUUUGAAAUCACGAACGGCAAGCUUUCUGACCCGGUAUACAUGGUCACAUUUGAUUUCUACAUGGCGGAAAAUCACGUGCCGACUAAAUCUGAAUAUCUGAAGAGUCGACCUCACCGACUUGCUCCAAUCAAGGCACCCGGUAUUCAGGGUAUGGCUUUUGCAAUCAAUAGGACGUAUUUCCAGAGUCUUGGGGGGUUUGACCUUGGAAUGAAAGUCUGGGGAGCUGAACAAUACGAACUUUCCAUCAAGGUGUGGCAAUGCGGUGGGUCAGUGGAAAUGAUACCAUGCUCCAACGCUGCCCACUUAUACCGGAACGUGGCCUGGGUAAAAGAUCUGAACAAGGCGAAGACGAACAACAACGAUAGAGUCAUCGGCGUCUGGAUGGAUGAGUACGCCAAAGUGUUCAUGGAAAUAUCAGGAAAAAAGGCAAGUAGAACUAGUGGAGACAUCACAGAAAGACUGAUGAUCAGAAAAAAGAACAACUGCAGAUCCUUCCAAUACUUCCUAGACACUAUACGACAAUAUGUACACUAUUAUGUUCCCGAAAACUUAAAGGCCAAAGGAAUGAUACAGAACAACGAAUCUAACCUUUGUGUAGAUGGCAGGACAAAUGGUUAUGGUUCUAAUGAACUCUUGCUAGCCUAUCCCUGUCACCACUCUGGGGGACCUCAGUACUGGGAAUUAUCCGCUGAUAACGAGUUACGCCACGGAAUGAUGUGCUGUUUUAAGAAAGACAACAAUGUGGUCGUACAAUCUUGUGGCGUGAGCAACAAUCACGAAUGGUCAUAUGACCAGUCUGGACAAAUGGUACACAUCCAAACUGGUCUAUGUCUGACCAUAGUAGACAGUCACAAACCGGUCAUUUUGGCGGAUUGCCAACAUUUACCAUCACAGCUGUGGAGCAUGCGACGGAGUUAAUAUUUACAGCUUUAUUUCUAAAAAAAUGUACAUUUUAUGUUUAAUUAUAUACAGUGCAUAUACGUGUAUGAAGUAAUAUUAUAAACGAAUAACUGAUUGUGAUUGAAGACUUAUUUUGUUUU